AUGAGUGCGAACGACCGAAACAACGCGCAGUAUCGUCAGUCUUCUCAUCGUAUCAUACCCUCGAACAAGUUCUUCGACAAAGCUCGAACAAAUUACAAAUUGGGUACCUCGUUGGUCGACUUUCAUCCCUCGUCUCGUCCAGCACUGUACUCGUACGUCAUCCUCUUCCUCUUGGCCGGCAAUGUUCAAUCGCUUCGCCCGUCAAAGUUCCCCUUUCUGCCGCACUCGUAAUCAACUGCGAUCCGCGCCCUUUGCCCCCAUCUUCGCCCUUCGCCCUUCGCCCUUCGCCCUUCGCCCUUCGCCCUUCGUCCUCUUCUUCCUUUCUUCCUUUCUCCACCCCAAGAUUUUCAUCGUCCUCGUGACAAGUUUCAAGACUUUCAACAGUCUUCUUCCCCAUGUUUCUUCCCAUUCCCCUCUAUAGGCGGAUUCUCAAAACUCCCUUCGUUCUCGUUCUCCCGCGCUCCUACUUUGGCCUCUUCUAGCUUCCCGUCUCGCUUCCGAAUGAGGGGCUUUCAACAGCCCUUUUCUCCAGACCCCAGUUGCCCUUUACCCUCGAUCUUUCAACCCUGCUCCAGUAUUUGACCCCAUCUCAAGUUACAAAUUUUCUCCUUCCGCGCCGCGAGAAGUUUUGCAAUUUCCUCGCCUUUGA